CUCAGUAAAUCGGACAUGGAGAAGCUGACCUUCUACGCCGUGUCGGCUCCAGAGAAACUGGACCGGAUCGGAGCCUAUUUGGCCGAGAGGCUGAGCCGAGACGUGGUGCGACACCGCUACGGGAAUGUGGUGAUAGCCAUGGAGGCUCUGGACCAGCUGCUGAUGGCCUGUCACUCCCAGAGCAUCAAACCCUUCGUGGAGAGCUUCCUGCACAUGGUGGCCAAGCUGCUGGAGUCCAGGGAGCCGGACCUGCAGGUCCUGGGGACCAACUCGUUUGUGAAGUUUGCCAACAUUGAGGAGGACACCCCGUCUUACCACCGCCGCUAUGACUUCUUCGUGUCCCAGUUCAGCGCCAUGUGCCACUCUACUCAUGAAGAUACUGAGACCAGGACCAGGAUCCGUGUGGCCGGCAUCAAAGGGCUGCAGGGCGUGGUGAGGAAGACGGUGAAUGAUGAGCUGCAGGCCAUCAUCUGGGAGCCUCAGCACAUGGACAAACUGAUCCCGUCCAUGCUGUUCAACAUGCAGGACAGCGAAGACCUGGACAGGGCGGGGCACCCCAGCACACCUUCGGGGUCGGUGAGCCAGGACGGCGAGGAGAACCCGGCGGCGUUGGCCGAGAGCUGCUUCCGAGAGCUGCUGGGCCGGGCCGCCUACGGCAACAUGAACAACGCCGUCCGACCCGUGCUGGUUCACCUGGACAACCACCACCUGUGGGACCCCAACGAGUUUGCCGUUUCCUGCUUCAGAAUCAUCAUGUACUCCAUCCAGGCUCAGCACUCCCACCACGUCAUUCAGCAGGUUCUGAAUCACCUGGACACCCACAACAAGAACACGCCGCGGGCCCGAGCCGGCAUCGUCCAGGUCCUCCUGGAGACGGUGGCCAUCGCCGCCAAAGGCUCAGUGGGGCCCACAGUGCUGGAGGUGUUCAACACUCUGCUCAAACACCUGAGGAUGAGCGUGGACUUCGAGCUGGGCGAGAACUCGAGGAGGAACUCCGGCACCAGCGUCUCGUCCGGUCGCGUCAAAGAGAGCGAAGAGAGGAUCGUCCAGAACGCCAUCAUCCAGACCAUCGGCUUUUUCGGUGGAAACCGCCCCGAUACCAUCAGCAAAGUCAUGAUGUUCUCAGGGAAAAAGGGCCCGGGUGUCGGGACCUGCCACACCUUGGACAUUCAAAUCGGGCAUCAGGGUACCAAGCGGAUCCAGACCAUGCUGCUCAGCUCCCUCAUCAUGGUGACCUCUGGCUUUAAGUCCAAGUCCAUGGCCGCUGCGUUGCCUUCCCCCUUCCUGGACCCACUCUUCUCCAUCUCUCUGAUGGAGGACAGCGAGCUGAGGCAGCUGGUGUUCGAAAUCCUGCACAACAUCAUCGACCGCCAUGACAACCGCGCCAAGCUACGCGGCAUCAGAAUCAUCCCUAAUGUUGCAGCAUUGAAGAUUAAACGAGAGAAGAUUUCCAAGCAAGACGUUGCAUUCAUGAAGAAGCAUGGGCAGCAGCUCUACCGUCACAUCUACCUGGGCUGUAAAGAGGAGGAUAACAACCAUAAAAACUUUGAGCUGCUCUUCACCACGCUGGCCAUUCUGACCAUCGAGCUGGCCAACGAGGAGGUGGUCAUCGACCUCAUCCGGCUCUCCAUCGCUCUGCAGGACAUGGCUCUGGCUAACGAGGAGAACAUGCCGAUGUUUAUCCGCUGCGGCAUCAUGGCGUUGGUGGCAGCGUACCUCAACUUCCUGAGCCAGAUGAUCGCAAACCCUCCCUUCUGCCAGCACGUCAGCAAGGUCAUUGAGCUGAGGAGCUUGGACGCUCAGCAUCUCCUCCCAGAACACAUCUUCAGAGACAAGUGUCCAAUCCCUGAAUCUCUGGACAAGGAGGACCGGCUGCUGUACUUCCAGACAGCCGACAUAGCCGAGUGUCUGGCGGGACCGGGAUACAACGCCGAGAGACUCUCCGUCCCCUACGUCCCCCAGGUCACAGUGCUCUACACAGUAGGAAAAAUCCUCCACAGGUGCAAGCAGCGGUCCAGAGACCGUCUGACCAGGAGAAAGAGUUUUGUGGACACAAUCUCCCUUCAAGUGGACAUCGUGUCCAACUGCCUUCCAGACAAGUUCAGUAGUUACGGUUGCCUGUUGGCCCGGGGCAAUCCCACUAGCGGAGGGAUCACGUUCGAGACCCUGAAGAAAGCCAUCGAUACGACGGGUCUGGAGGAGCAGGAGAGGGAGAAGAGGCGUCAGGUGAUGGAGAAGUUCCAGAAAGCUCCAUUUGAGGAGAUUGCCGCCCACUGCGAGUCCAAGGCGAACAUGUUGCACGACCGGCUGGCUCAAAUCUUUGAACUCACAAUAAGGCCUCCACCCAGCCCGUCCGGAGUGGUUUCCAUCUCAUCGGGACACACUCAGCACCAGUCGGUCCCCGUCUACGAAAUGAAGUUUCCAGACCUGUGUGUCUACUGAUAGCACACACACACACACACACACAAUUAUAUAUAUACGCACACACCACACACACACACACACACCACACACACAAUAUAUAUAUAUACACACACACACACACAAAUCUUCACAAGGAAUGCAAAAUGCUGACAAAUAACUACACAAUCACAAGUUUCCUCUACUCAGACCAGCACAAGGCCGUCACGCAAAAUGCAGCAAAACAGGUUUUCAAAUUUUCAAUUUGAUAUAAAGCUAAAACUAAACUUAAUUUAUCUCUAAAUCCAACUCUGAACUCAGUUUGUCAUUUCCUUUGAGAGCCUAAAACGUCUUAAAACUUAAAACGGUACUUCUGAAUCCUUUAAAACCAUCUCGUUCUGCUCUUUUUAAAUACUCGGAUCCCUUAUUUCGCCUAAAGCAGACCUGUGUUGAACCCUCAGGCUCUACAUUAACUGAUUUGCUGUAUUUUGUUGCCGGAUUCUCAUCCCUGAGACUACGAGUCCUAUGAGUCAAGAUCAAAAGUAAAAAGAACAGCUUCCGCUUUUGAGAUUUCAGUGUUUAGAUGCUGAAUCGGAUGUUGCUUCCCAGCAUGCAUCUGAUGCAGAAUCAUCUCUGGUCCGGCCAAAGCUUCACACCUUGUACAGCACAUACACCGUAGUCCACAAUUACGCUCUCGCACAAACGGCUCAAACCAGUUUCUAUCUUAAAAACCUGAGUCUGCUUUUCGGUGUGAUGCUCUUUUACUCAGAGCCCCGCUUCUGCCUCUUCAGUACGUGUUCUCAUGUUGAUAAGUAGGCGUCACAAAUAGGUGAAAACGUACAAUAUAUAUCCGCUGUCGUAGGACGAUGACUUCACUGGGUGGUAGAAAGUAGAUCAGUUUUAGGCUCACCACUGUUCAGACUACUCAGUCUUUGCCAUUUAAAGGUAUACACGCAUCAGGACUACCUUCUGUUUCAUGUGGGGAGAUGCAACCAAAGCAAUAAACCGCUUGGCAGAGACUCUCGACAGAGACGAGCUGAAGGGGGUUUAGUGUCCAACGCUGUCCGGUUGGAACGGCUCGCGCUCGGUUGGUGGUUUUGGGUUUACUUUGGAUGUUCCUGAAAGGGUCAAAUACUCCGACUGAGACGUUGGAGAGCUUCAGCGUAGCCGCGCAGAGCCUUUUGCAAAUCAGAAAUCGGACCAAAGUAGCUUUUUUUAAAUUCCUUUUUUUCACCAUUGAGUACUGUUAUCUCCUGUUUGGUAAAUGGUUCAACUUGAGUUUGAAUAUGAUUGUUAAGUUAUAGUUGACGUGUUAGGCUUUGCUCACACUCGGCGUCUUUUUGGAAUCGGCCAGCAUCUAUUUAAAAAAAAAAAGUCCUGAGCGCUCUUUGAAAUGUCAAUGCCAUAGACUGUGUGUGUGUGUGUGUGGUGUGUGUGUGUGUGUGUGUGUGUGUACACACACAUACACACACAUACACACACAUACACAUACACACACAUACACAUAUAUACAGUCUAUGGUCACUGCUGAAUUCUUUUUUGCAGCCUGGAGCAUCGUUUUGAAGUUUUCUUUUGAAAAACGCCCAAUGUGCAGCACUUUUUUGAUAGCCAAUCAAUAACAAGCGGCGGAGCCAGACUUGCUGUUUCCAUAGCAACA